GGUUUAAAUAGAGCAGCUCGCAGUUCCAAACCGUGAAGACGCAGCCAUGAUCAAGUUCGUGCUUCUUGCGUUUCUUGUUGCUGGUGCUUACGGCUGUGGGCGCCCCACCUUCGCCCCCGUGGUGACCAGAGUCGUGGGGGGUGAGGAUGCCAGACCGCACAGCUGGCCCUGGCAGAUCUCUCUCCAGUACACGAGGAAUAAUAACUGGUAUCACACCUGUGGCGGGACUCUGAUCGCUACCAACUGGGUGCUCACUGCUGCUCACUGCAUCAGCAGCCGGAACACUUACAGAGUCGUCCUGGGCAAGUACAACCUGAAGCAGGAAGAAGCUGGAUCUGUGGCCAUUCCAGCUGCCACCAUCAUCGUUCACGAGAAGUGGAAUUCUCUCUUCAUCCGGAACGACAUUGCCCUGGUCAAGCUCCAGGAGCACGUGACCCUCAGCGACACCAUCAUGACCGCCUGUCUCCCGGACGCGGGGGCUAUACUGCUCCAGGAUGAGGCCUGCUACGUCACCGGCUGGGGGCGCCUCUACACUAACGGCCCCGCUGCGGACACACUGCAGCAGGCCCUGCUGCCCGUCGUCGACUACGCCACCUGCACUCAGCCGGACUGGUGGGGCAGCAUGGUGAAGGACACCAUGGUGUGCGCAGGAGGGGACGGGGUGGUGUCGGGCUGCAACGGAGACUCCGGCGGCCCCCUGAACUGCCAGGGCAGUGAUGGGUCCUGGGAGGUCCACGGUAUCGUGAGCUUCGGCUCCGGCCUGGGCUGCAACUACCCCAAGAAGCCCACCGUCUUCACCCGCGUCAGCGCCUACAUCGAUUGGAUCAACAACGCGAUGGUGAACAACUGAAGAAGAGUCUGCUACUUGACUUGACAAUUGUAUCGUUGACCAGCAAAAAAAAAAUCUGAAAUAAAAAACAAACAAAAAAUGAAAAA